ACACAUCCAAGCGGUUUCCGACGGCCCUCACGAUGAAAACUGCUGUCCGUUGGUGAACGCAGCCUCUUCUGUGCUCCUCGCCGCUGACUUCCUGAGGCGGACCUACCUGUGGAGGCAUACCAGGAACCAGACGAUGACCCCCUCCAAAAGUUGGGUCUUUGAGGAGAGCUACUAACUUGGGUUCCUGGUACAUCCUCUACAUGCAGUGGUGAAGCUUAUCUUCACCGCUCUGAAUGACUUCACCAUUCUAUGAAUGACUAUUCAUAGAAUCAGUUUGGGAAGGGGAAUUUUCGCUGAACUCUCAUAGAGGAACUGUGUUUUAGAUAACAGAAAGUUCUGCACGGUUAAAAUGGAACAGAAAUUUUUUUGCACAGAAAUUAGGAUUACCGAAAAUACUGAAGAAAGACUACCUCUGAUUGGACUCUUCUCAAGGAAUUAAUAAUUCAAGAACUAAGGAAAGAAAAAAGUGAUUAUAUGAAAAUACUGAAGUUGAUCGUAGCAACUGAAGGCUGAUCCUGUGUGGAGUCUCACUGUACCACCCAGGCUGAAGUACAUUGGUGCAAUCUUGGCUCACUGCAUCUCCACCCCAGGUUCAAGUGAUUCUCCUGCCUCAGCCUCCCAAGCAGCUGGGAUUACAGAAUGUCACAUAAAUGGAAUCAUACUGUGUCCGGAAUUGGUGGGUUCUUGGUCUCACUGACUUCAAGAAUGACGCCGUGGACCCUCACGGUUUAGACCCAGUGUGCCUGGUGGGCUGUGCCCAGGUUCAGAGUCAUGCCACUCUGUGGGUGAAGCUUGAGGCAAUAAUGGAGCCACUUCAGCAGCAGCAGCAGCAGCAGCAGCAACAGCAGCAACAGAAGCAGCCACACUUGGCUCCUCUGCAGAUGGAUGCCAGAGAGAAGCAGGGCCAGCAGAUGAGAGAAGCCCAGUUCUUGUAUGCCCAAAAGCUGGUCACACAGCCGACUCUCCUUUCCGCCACAGCUGGGAGGCCUUCUGGCAGCACUCCCUUAGGUCCCUUAGCCAGAGUUCCACCCACCACAGCAGUGGCCCAAGUCUUUGAACGGGGCAACAUGAACUCAGAGCCUGAGGAAGAGGACGGAGGUUUGGAAGAUGAGGAUGGGGAUGAUGAAGUUGCAGAGGUGGCUGAGAAAGAAACCCAGGCUGCUUCAAAAUAUUUUCAUGUGCAGAAAGUAGCUCGCCAAGAACCCAGAGUGGCACCCAUGUCCAAUCUACUUCCAGCACCAGGGCUCCCACCACAUGGACAACAAGCUAAAGAAGACCAUACCAAAGAUGCUUCCAAGGCCUCAUCUUCUGUCUCCACAGCGGGGCAGCCGAACUGGAAUCUGGAUGAGCAGCUCAAGCAGAAUGGUGGUUUGGCCUGGAGUGAUGAUGCAGAUGGAGGCCGGGGAAGAGAGAUCUCUCGAGAUUUUGCCAAGCUGUAUGAACUGGACGGUGAUCCUGAAAGGAAAGAGUUCCUGGAUGACCUCUUCGUCUUUAUGCAGAAGAGGGGGACCCCCAUCAACCGAAUCCCCAUCAUGGCCAAACAGAUCCUGGACCUGUACAUGCUGUAUAAGCUGGUGACCGAGAAGGGGGGCCUGGUGGAGAUCAUCAACAAGAAGAUCUGGAGGGAGAUCACCAAAGGCCUGAACCUGCCCACAUCCAUCACCAGCGCCGCCUUCACCCUCAGGACGCAGUACAUGAAGUAUCUGUAUGCCUAUGAGUGUGAGAAGAAAGCCUUGAGUUCCCCAGCCGAGCUCCAGGCAGCAAUUGAUGGCAACCGCAGGGAGGGCCGGCGGCCCAGCUACAGCUCCUCCCUCUUUGGCUACUCACCUGCUGCGGCUACUGCUGCUGCCGCUGCCGGGGCCCCUGCCCUCCUCUCCCCACCCAAGAUCCGCUUUCCCAUCCUUGGGCUUGGCUCCAGCAGUGGCACCAAUACCAGUAGCCCUCGGAUAUCCCCAGCAACCACUCUCAGGAAAGGUGAUGGAGCCCCAGUGACAACAGUGCCUGUGCCAAAUCGUCUGGCUGUGCCCGUGACCUUGGCAAGCCAGCAGGCUGGUACUCGGACCGCCGCACUGGAGCAGCUGCGGGAGCGGCUGGAGUCAGGGGAGCCUGCUGAGAAGAAGGCGUCGAGGCUGUCUGAGGAGGAGCAGCGCCUGGUGCAGCAGGCCUUCCAGCGCAACUUUUUCAGCAUGGCACGGCAGCUCCCCAUGAAGAUCAGGAUCAACGGCAGGGCAGAAGACAGAGCAGAGGCCUCGGCUGCAGCACUGAACCUGACCACGAGUAGCAUUGGGAGCAUUAACAUGUCUGUGGACAUCGAUGGCACCACCUACGCAGGUGUGCUGUUUGCCCAGAAGCCUGUGGUCCACCUCAUCACGGGGUCUGCUCCCCAGAGCCUCGGCAGCAGCGCCAGCAGCAGCAGCAGCUCUCACUGUUCACCAAGUCCUACCUCAUCCCGGGGCACCCCCAGCGCAGAGCCCUCCACCAGCUGGUCCCUCUGAUGGGCAGGACCCAGCUUCCCACUUGCCACUCUCCUGUCGAGAGUGAAGGAAGUUGAUGCACAGAAUUUACCUCAUCUCACGGAGCCCACGUCGACGAGCACCAUUUGGCCAGACAUUGAGAGUUUGGACGUGUCCGUCUGUCCAGGCUCCAUUCAGGUCCUGCUGUACUAUGGGGGCAGGGAGAGGCUAGAGGGGCAGGACAGACAGCGUUGUCCAAUCAGGGAUUGUCCUGGAGAACUGGGUGGGGGUCUGUAGGUGUCCAGCUUCCUCCAGGGUUCCCCAGCCACCUCCCAGCUCGGGGCACAGUGUAUCGACAAUCUGUCAGCCGACACAGGGCUGGAGGCCCUACAUUUCCCUCCCCCUUUAAUUUAUUUCCCUGCCCCUGCCUUCUGCCAUGACCCCAGGGCCACUAGUCUCUUCCCCUGUUUUUAAGUCCCAUGUGGGGCUGCCAGGAGCCAAGAGCAUGCCUUCAUGCCCUUCUCUGCUGAGCAUGGGAUGGGGCCCUUCCAGCCCACUUUGCCUACUGUUAGGUUCCUGGGGUACGGGUCCCUCAAACACAAGUCUUGAAUCAGUCCUCAGGGCCCCAGAUCCCCCUUCUAAUGGUCUGAAGGAAGAGGCUGUGAGGGCAGUUCAGGGCCAGGGCCCACAGGGCAUCUGCUGAUGGGAAGGCAGAGCCUUGGGGCUGCCCAGCCCUGGCACCUGCUUCACACGGACCAUUCUCUGACCGCCCCCCCCAAACCUCAUGCUCCCCACUUGCCCUUAUUGGCCUGCUUUCCCAAAACCAGCCCACUCAUCCUUUCCCCAGCCCUCUUCAGCCCUCCCCAGUCCUCCCCAGCCUUCUUCAGCCUUCUUCAAUUUCUUAUGGGGCCAUCUUGGCCUCACCAUCCCCACACGUGCCGAUGUCAGGUUCAUUGAAAUACCUCAGAUUUGUAAUUGUUGAUGUUUGAGUCUUCAGGAAGUAUUUGCAUCUCUGAAAUCUUUUUUAUAUGUGUUUUGCUGACUUUUGUUUUUUUUUAUUUUAAAAUUUUUAUUGUUGUAGCACCAAAGAAAUGAAAACAGAUCACCCCCAAAGCCAAGCAAGUGAUUGGGUACCCCGGCCCCUCUGGCCCUUCCCUCAAGCCCAGUGAGGAGGUGGGUGGAGGCAUGCAGGGGAGACGACUCAGGGAUCGCGGGGGCGGGGAGGUGGAGUGGAGAGGCCCGCUCUCACACUGGGUCGGGCCCUGAAACCGUACCAGUUCUGAAGACCGUUUUCUGCCACACCCCCACCCCCAGCUGACCAGGGAGGCAGAGGACACCUCCCCAUCACUCAGCAUUCCCAGCUCAGGGCACAGGCAGGCUGGGGUCCUCGCUGGCCUUGCCAGAGGUUGAGCCGCCCCAGGGUAUGAGGAGAUGAAUAACUCCACAGCUCCUCCUGGACCCUGCGCGGGAGCAGGCGGCUCCUGUGCUGUAAAGAAAAUUGAUUCUUGCGUGCGGCUCACCUCAGUCGAGGAAGCCCUGGAAUGUUCAGCAGAACACCACCACUGUGACAUGGGGCUGUGGCAGUGGGAGACACCGCGCAUGGCGUGGGUGUGUGUGGCGGCGUGGCUCGCAUUCAGUCCUGUGUAGGAGAGGAAAGGGAAUCAAAAGCUUGAGCACAAACAGAUACCUCAGCCCGGUAAGCUGCAGCUCUGCUCAACUGCGUCUUCUCUCAGCCCUCCACACACGCUCACCCCCACUCCCACACACACACACACACACACACACACACACCAUCUCCCGGGGGCUGACCUCCUCUGGCCUCAGCCUGCAGGGUGUGGGCAGAGAAGGGCAUCUGGGACGUGGUGCCAGUGAGGAGUCCAGUUGGCUGGCACUGGGCCCAUUUGAAGGUGUCUCAGACAUUUGGCCAGUAUGUCUUUCUCAGGGGUUUGGUCACAAAGGAUGGACUCUUCCCACCCAGAGGAUGCAGGGAAAGCACACUGUGUCUUUCCGGUCAUUGGAUCCUCUCCCUUUCCCCAGGCAGCUCGCCUGGCCACACCGUUGGAGUGAACCCUCACUGCCCUCAAGGGCAACAGCAGGGUGUCACCCAGAGCCCGAUGAGGGGUGCCAGCAGGUGCCCCCACGAGUGGGGCCUUGGCCCAAGCAGAGCUUCCCCUGAAGGUGCCAUCAGCCAGGGCAGCUCUGUCCCCUCCUGCUCUCCAUCUUAUAUGUAUUCUAACCAGGAAAAAUGUGAUAGCACAUGGGUAGCCUAGGCAGUGAAUAAAUACCUCAGAUGUCCUCCUGCAGCAAGUGUCUGUAUAUGUUGUGGUUAUUUUCUAUCUUACAUGUUCUCGAAUGUUUAUAUUUCAAUAAACCUCUACCUCUUCACACAA